AUGACUGAUGAGGUGGUACAAGUUGGUGAGGGGGUGGUGAGUUUCACCGAGGGCGAAUGGGCCAUAGCACCCGUGAGCCUCGACAUAGUGUAUGGACCAGUCAGGGACGGUGCCAGCUCUCUCCGUGGCAUAGAGGAUGGCGUCCUUCGCCAAUACUUGACGCUGCCGGCGGGCUCAGCCAUCAGGCUGCCCAAGUCCAACCUAGGGCCUAAUGAAUGGGCAGCCACGGUGACCACUGGUUAUACCGUGUGGAAUGCCUUCUACGAUUUCACGCCUCUCACCACUCCAGGACACUCGCCACGUCUGAGACCUCACCCCAGUGACCUACAGCCCCCAGGACUGCGCCACUUCUCGCUUGGACACACCCCUCUACUCGCGCCGAUGGAGCCGCAAGCUGAUGGAUCCUACUCUCACAUCCCCCAUCCGCAACACUCGGGGCCAACAAUAUCAGAUAUCGUCAGUGGAGCGGAACGAAAACCACCCGUACCGCAGCUCCCAAAAAUAGGUGUAGCCGAGAUGAUUCAUCUAUUAACUAUCUAA